UUGUGUCACAAUUGAGUCCACUCUUAGCGCCGUCCUUGGGCAUUGAAGAGAGACACAUUUGCAGCACUGUCCAAACCUGGUUUUGGUGGAAUUUUUUAGAGAUAACUUUUUUGUUGUUGCUCUGAAUCGCCUCAUAACUUUCCAACUAACUCUUACCGCUGUCUUUGAAUAUUCAAGAGACGUUCCAGUGCUGUGAAAAUAUUGGUUAUCCAAGAUAGAGCGAAAUAACUCACCAUACCUCUCCAACCGAAUCGUGGAUGUCUAUAGCCGUUAUGACAGCUAAAACAGAACUGUCCGGCUGGCCAGACUUCUCAGCCGAGGACUUCCCCCUGUUAGAACAGUCUAAACUGGGACAUCUCGGAUCCAGAACCUGGGUAAAAUCUCCAGGAGGAGAGCAGUCUCGAUACUCACCCAGAGAUACGGGCCAUUACGCACACAGCGGCUCCAUGGAUCUCUCACUGGAGAAACUCAUGUCGGUGAGUAAACUAGCGGACGGUGGUGUCAGGAUAGAGAUGGACCUGGAUACAGUACCGGGGGACCAGCGAGAUGGAGGUAACGGUAAGCAGCAGGGCCACCACCCGGGCCCGCAGAAACACCGGCGCGUCGCAGCUAACGCCCGGGAGAGGCGGAGGAUGCACGGGCUGAACAAGGCGUUUGACACCUUGCGGAGCGUGAUCCCGUCCAACAAUAAUAAAUUGUCCAAGUAUGAUACUCUCCAGAUGGCUCAGAUCUACAUCCAGGAGCUUUCGGAGCUGCUCACCGGGGUGGUGAAGCCAGAGGUUCGGGUCGGGUCGCGGAGUGGAUGCGCCUCACCGGAUAUAGACCACCCCAUCCCGGCUAGGAGGAACCUGCUGGGGUCUUUCUCUCCAGAGCCCCGGGGGAGCGGUGGUGGGAUGACUGGGAUCAGCUACACCCUGCAGGACUCCCCCUCCCCGCAGCCUCAGAACAAGAGACUGAUCGGAGACCAGGAGAACACUGACCCCGUCGGUCACCUCAUCAUUCUGUCUGCGCCUAAAUCUGAUCUAGGAUCGGGGAAUAAGAGGGUCUCUAACACUUCUAACGGGAGUGAUGGAGAGUCGUCGCAUUACAGUGACUUUGAGGACGGACAGGCCGGCAGACAGUGACAUUUUAGAGACUGAAUGUCACAACAGGAACUCUUAUAGGAGACGUUUUAAUAUGGAUUGUUUUAGAAGACAUAAUAACGGACACCAAAUGGAGCCACGUAGCCCACCUUGAAAUGUUGAAUAAUGUUCUGGUUUAGAUUAAGAGGGUAGUCUAGGCCUACUCUCGACUACAUUUAGACAAGAACACCUAUGUCUCACCAUGCCAUAUUUAUUUAUUAGAUGUGGACACCAGGGAUGGGGUCAAUUCCAUUUUAAAUUCCCCUCAGUUCAGGAAGUACACUGAAAUUCAAAUUCUCUUCAAUGGUUGCCAAUGGGAAAAAUUGGAGUCUGAAUUUGGUUUGAACUUUCUGAAUUGAAAUUGAAUGUACCCCAAAUCCUGCUCGUAGCUCAUCUUGAAAAGUUGAAUAAUGUUCUGGGUUAGAUUGAGAUGUUAGCCUAGCCCACAUCUAGACAACAACACGAAUAUCCCAGUGAGCACGAGAUGUACCUCACAAAGAAAAAAACGGCAGUUUUGAAACUGCAGUAAAAGAGCAGAACUGCAGCUGACGGUGGUAUUUUGGACGCAGUAGUUGCAGAAUAAUUGCAGUUAAAAUUACUGCAGUAAAAAAAAACUUAUUUUGGACGCAGUAUUUGCAGUGUACCGGGGUUGAAAAUUAGUAUUUUGCUCAUAGGGACGUUUAAUCAUGCCAUAUUUAUUUAUUAGAUAUCGACACUGCAAAAUUAAAAUACUUAUUCUACUGUGUGAUAUUGUAGACUUUAUUAUGUAUUUAAACAAGGCCUUGUAAUAUGAUAUAAUAAUAAUAAUAAUAAUAAUAAUAAUAAUAAUCUUCCUUUAUUGCACUUUAUUGACUAAAUAAGUCUGGAACAUUUCGUUUCACUGUCUGACUGCAUUUAUAUCUAAUAAUUUUAAAGAACAUAACCUCUUUGAUAUUUACGUAUUGUUAUUUUGUAUUCUUGCAAGAAUCGUUAUUUGAUGGAAUGAAAAAGUUUUGUAUUUGGUAGAUACGUAUUUCAAAAGUUGAGUAUUGCUGGUUUGUCUCUUUCUCCAGUAGCAUCAUCUCUUGUGGACACAUUACAUAACAUAAAUGGUAUUGUUCUGGGUUGUUGAGAUUAGACAGGGAUAGAGUCCUAGUAGUGAUAAUUACAGCCACAGUCUCUUGGCUUCACUGGGCCCGUAGGGGUGUAGAGUGGUUCGGGGGAUUUCUAGGCUAAAUGUUGAAAUAAAUGCAAUUUACAAAUGGA